AUGUUGACAGUUUGCUUUGCAGCCCUGAUGCCACCAGGCUGGAAACUGAAUGAGCACAGCAAGCUCCUUCAGGAAGCAGAAUGCCAUAACAUCUUGCACCUGACUGGCCAAUCCAACUGGAUGGGAGUCAAGACUAGACCGGACUACGUUUUCACUUUGGGCAGAAUCCAAUGACGCCAAGCCGCUGUCAACAAAACUAACAUGGAUGCAAUGAAACAGAUAGCGCGCUACAUCAAAGGCACUAUAGGUUACAGCAUAACGCUCAACCGGAAUGGCUCCCUUUUUGAGGUCUAUUGACUACCUGAAGAGUCCCAACUACUCGCCAAAGAUUCGCUGGAUCGAUGACAAGUACUUCCUCGCUAAAGACAUGCUACAGGAAGGCAAGAUUAUCAUCACCCACAUACCUGGAAAGGAUAACCCUGUAGACGCGCUCACCAAGCCGCUCCGCGAAUACGACUUUAACCGCUUUGUCGAACGCCUCGGACUGAAGGGACGCAAUGAAUGA